AUGUAUUUCAAUAAUGAAAUUUAAUAAGAAAGAAAUAAAUACAUUUUCCUAAUGAAUGUUGUGUCAGCCUUGCUGGAUUUAAACAUUUCAACAAAUUGUAGAUUAACAAGUCUUGUUUUCACUAGAUUGGCAUAUAAUUAUAGUAAAGUAUUGCCGAGCGAAUAAGAAAAAAUUAAAAAAAUUUAUUAUGGUUAAGCAUUAGAGUUAGGUAGUUAGUUUAAUCAAAGCCUAAUAGAAGGUUAAGUUAAAUUAUAGUUAUUUGAAUAAAAUACUGUAAUAAAUUACAUAGAUGAAUUGAGGCAAUAUAUAGAAUAAGAAGUUCAAGAUUAACAAUUAAAAUUUAUAUUAGCUUGUCAUCUAAACAAUGUUACUGAUGCAUUAAAAAUUGAGGAUUUUUUUAGAAAGUAUAUCAUAUAAGAAGAGGCAAGAUUUUAAAAGUAACCCUACUUUGAAGUUAUUCACAGUUUAUCAUUAAAUUAAUUGCUUAUUUAUAUAGAUGCUAAGAUUCGUACCAUCUUGAAUAAUCAAUAAUGA